AUGUCCAGCACAACAGCUACCACAACGACGUCUUCUACAUCUGCCACGUCAUCAUCUUCAGUAUUCCAAAAAUGUGGAAUUUGUGGAAUCGAAAAACGCGAACUGUACAAAUGUCCGCGAUGUGAUCUACUGUAUUGUACGAUUAAGUGCUAUCGUCACCAGAACCACUCCGAUUGCUCGGAAAAAUUCUAUCAAGAACAGGUGAAAAAUGAAUUAUCUGGAAAACGAGCCGACGAUAUCAGUGAUAAGGGAGAGAAAUAUAAGGAGAAGCUGCAAAAGUUUUUGGACGGUGAUUGGAGUGGAAUUGAAGGUAAAAGCAGAAUGCUUCGUCGCCUCGUCUCAAUUUCUUCUCCGUCUUCUCUGCGUCUCUUCUCCUCUCGUCUCUUUUCCUCUGCCACGUCAUCAUCUGAAAAUGCUGAAAUCAUCGAUACGGAUCGUGUGAAGAACGACGUCUUCCGUUCGAUUUCCAAUGAAAUUCAAUCGGAAAAACGGCAGAGACUGUUUGCGGUUGUCUAUGUCAAUGGGAGACAGUGGAAGGUCAGCGACGGCGACCUUAUCAACCUCGAAGGAAAUCUGCCGUUAUCAGUUGGCGACGAAAUAAAGCUGGAGAAAGUGCUCAUGGUGGGCGGAGCCAACUUUUCGCUGUUCGGCCGCCCACUUCUGGAGCCCCAUGCGGUUACUGUAGACGCCGUCGUCGUUGAGAAGAAGACGACGAAUCCAGAAGCACACUAUGUUCAUCUCAAUCAUCAUCAAACCAAAUUUCUCAAUUGGAAAUCCGACGAAGCUACCGUAGUCCGUAUCAAGAGUGUGACGGCGAAGGGAGUUGAGCAAUGA